GCGGGCGCGGCCGCAGAGGCGGCGGCAGCGGAGCACCGGGACCGCAGCACCGGGACCGCAGCACCGGGACCGCAGCGGUUGCACCCACCGCUCCUUUCCCCAGCCUCUCCCCGCCCAGAGGGGGUGGUCCCGGGCCAGGCUUCCCGCCGUGUGAGGAUAACGGGGCAUCGUAGGGCGAAGAAGUGCUGACCAUGACGGAGAGCCCAAUACCAGUCCCAGCUCCGGCUCCGGCCGCUAAACCCAAGCGGGCCAGGGUGGCGCGGCGGCCAGCGGCUCACCCCACCUAUUCAGACAUGAUCGCGGCAGCUAUCCGGGCCGACAAGAGCCGCGGCGGCUCCUCCCGCCAGUCCAUCCAGAAGUACGUGAAGAGCCACUACAAGGUGGGCCAGCAUGCCGAUGUCCAGAUCAGGCUCGCCAUCCGACGCCUGCUCGCUGCCGGCAUCCUCAAGCAGACCAAAGGGGUCGGCGCUUCCGGCUCUUUCCGUCUGGCCAAGGCCAUCAAGGCAAAGAAGUCCCCGGCCAGGAAGAAGAAGAAGGCAGCCAGGAGAUCCACAUCACCCCGGAGGGCAGCCAGGCCCAAGAAAGCCAAGUCACCGGCAAAGAAGCGCAGAUCUACCACCAAGAAAGCCAAGAAGAAGUCGAGGAGCAGUCCGAAGAAAGCCAAGAAGCCAAAGACUGUUAAGGCCAAGUCGCUGAAGGCGUCCAAGCCCAAGAAGGCAAAGCGAUCGAAACCCAAAGCCAAGUCCAGCGCCCGCAAAUCACCCAAGAAGAAGUGACAAGUCUAGAGGCGUUUCGGUACUCUCCCCAUUGGUUUCUGUAAAUAGCUUUUGCCUUUACUUUUAUCCCUUUCUAUUACAUUUUAUAAAGAAUUGAUCUAUUCCUGUCUGAAAAUAGUUAAAACAAGGCAGUUAAUGAAAGAAAAAAGGAACAUCUUUGGUUUGGAGAGUUCCAGUUUUUAAGA